GGCUCUUCUUCCUCUUGGCCAUCCUUCACUUUUUACUUAUAUUUACUCUUAUGUUUCGUUGGAAAUAAACGGUAUCUUCCUUCAACAUAAUUACCACCAUGGGAGUUGGCGCCAUUUUGGAGCCGCUGGUGGUCAUCGUCCUCCUGUUUGGAGGUACCUGGAUUAAUCGAUCUAAACGCUUUCGCAUACGCAGAACAACACGCUGGCAAAAAGACAACGCCCCCUCUCGCUCGCCCUCCCCUGACUCUUUAGAAUCGGGUCAGGCUGGUUACGCAGACUCGGAUCAAAACAGUUUGUUGGGUUCACCAACCGCUUGGUCGCCUUCCCUGCUGCAUCCACCCGAAGACCGAUGGCGCAAACGUCAGAUUCGUUUCUUUACGGCUACUCUCAAUGUCACCACGCCCAAUACUGCCGUCUUCCAGGAUCGCCUGCUUAGUCGCGUCCUUCAGAAGUUUCCGUUCCUGGUCGAAGUUUGGUACUGGGCUUUAGUAUACUGGACAUACCAACUAGCCCGAGCAUUUACCGCACUUACUCUUAAAGAUGAUACCGUUGACGUCGCAAGGAAACAUGCGUUGCAAUUGAUCAAGAUCGAGGAGAAGAUUGGCAUCUUCUGGGAGACAUCGAUUCAGGGAUUCUUCCUCCAGCAUUCUGCCUUGUUGACUUGGAUCAAUUGGACGUAUUCGUUCAUCCAUAUUCCUGGUACUAUCGCCUUCCUCGUCUGGCUAUACUAUUAUACCACUACACGCAACCGCAUCGAUGAAUCACGAGAGGGAAAACCAUGGGAUGAAGCGGAUGGAUCCCCGGCAGGCACACGUCUCUAUCAGGCCCGACGACGAACGUUGGCGGUUUGCAACCUCUUUGCCUUUGUGGUGUUUACCUUCUGGCCGUGCAUGCCUCCUCGUCUGCUGAGUGAUCCGAGCGUUGAAGGUCCCGAUGGAGAGCUCGGACGCAGCUAUGGCUUUGUUGAUACCGUGCAUGGAGUAAAUGGAGCGGGUAGUGUCUGGACUGAGAAUCGGUUCUGCAACCAAUACGCCGCUAUGCCAUCAUUGCACUUUGGAUACUCCCUCAUGAUUGGAUUCACAAUCAUGACUAUUCCGCUUCCACCCCGCCAUCGUCCGGCCCUUGCUGGUUCAAACUUAUGCGCGCGAAUCUUUAGGGUCUCGUGGCGCCGUUUAGCUUGCUGCCUCGUGGGCUUCGCGUAUCCGUUUCUGAUCCUGGUCGCCAUUGUUGCGACUGCCAACCACUUCAUCCUGGAUGCUGUAGCGGGAGCGAUGAUAUGUGCGCUGGGAUGGACAUUCAAUGGCAUCUUACUCAACUUGCUUCCCCUGGAAGACUAUUUCCUUUGGCUGGUCCGGAUACACAAGCCAGAACAUUUUAUUGUCGACUGUGUUAGGGAUGCAGAGGAUUGGGAUGACAGCACGCCCGAUGCCACUCUCCCGUCGUAAGCGGCUCUCUUAUAUGCCCUCCUCGCCUCUUAUCAUCUCGACCUCUUGAUCACUUGACCUCUUCUUUUUUUUUUUUUUUUUUUUUUUU